CUGGAACGUUGGUUUAGCUGGAUUUCUCAAUUAGAGAUUUAGUUGCGAUAAGUUUGACCCCAAGUGUGGAGGUUUAGUAAUUUAAUAAUUGAAAUUUCAAACGAUAUUAUAAUUAGUAUAGUAGAUACAUUUUAAAACAAAAAAUGAGCGAAGAUAUGAUGGCAAAAGAAGAAUUACGUAGAUCUACUUCGAUGCCAGUUAAACCACGCUAUUGUGAACCAGGAACUCUUAAGAGGUCUGACGAAAAAGAAAUACUUUAUGCUGAUGAUGAUGAUGACCAAUAUAAUAGCCAGGAUUCAGAAACUUUCAUGGGACAAGUUAAUAAACUGAAGGCUGAUUGUUGGCUUGGAAGCACUAUAGAUCUCAACAUUGAUGUAAAAAGAAAUGAUUACAUCAAACACAGUAAGCGGACAUGUCGAGUAGUGGAACAAAAUGGAAGCGAAAAUGUAGCUUUCUUAAGAAUUCCCGAUAGAACAUGGCGGUAUUGGAAAGAUUUUGUUACAACAUUGAUCGAAAUGGAAUGGAAAUAUACGUUAAGCCUUUUUGUGGGAAGCUUUUUUACAAGUUGGUUUGUUUUUGCCGUGCUUUGGUAUAUGAUAGCAUAUGCUCAUGGUGAUUUGUUGUUCGAUGAAAUAACUAAGGAACGUUUGGGAGAGGGCAAAGAACCUUGCGUUCAAGGUGCAUCUACAUUUGUUGGAAUGUUGCUACAUAGUAUUGAAACACAGACAACAGUUGGAUUUGGAGAACGAUAUCCGAGUGAAGAAUGUCCAGAAAGCUUGUUUCUCUUUAUUUUGCAAAUAAUCGUAUCUGUUGGAAUAGAAGGGGCAAUGGUCAGUAUUAUCUAUGCUAAGACCGCGAGACCCAUAAAAAAGCUUGCUAAAAUGAGAUUUAGUAAUAAGGCUGUUGUAUGCUAUCGUGAUGAAAAAUUGUGUCUUAUUUUCAGGAUAUGUGACCCCAGAAAGCAGCAAAUUAUUGGCACCAAAAUUCGAGCAUAUGUCCUUAAAGACAGAGUUACCUUGGAAGGUGAAUUGAUUAAAACCCAUUCAGAGUUGAAAAUUGAAAGUAACGGAAAUUCUAUGAUAAUGUGGCCCGAAACAAUUUGCCAUGUGAUUGACAAAAACAGUCCAUUCUAUAAUUUCAAAACUGCAAGAGAUUUUAAUUUAGGCUCAUUCGAAAUAUUUAUAUCGAUUGUUGGAAGUUCACCAGCCACUGGUCAGAUGACAGAAGAAUGUACCUCAUAUUUAUCAAAAGAAGUAUUUUGGGGACAACAAUUUGUAAACGUUAUUAGUUAUGAUCCUCGAACCGAUCAAUAUGUUGUUGAUUAUUCAAAUUUUAAUACAACUAUAUCGGUUGACAUGCACAGCAAAUUUCAUGAAAAUACAAUCGACUCAUUAUGAAAAUUGACAAUUCUUUUAGUUCCAAGAAAAUUAUAAUAAUAUUCUUUGAAAUUAAAUUACAGUUAUUCCAGUUUUAAUAUGAAACAAUACAGUUUUUUUUUUAUUUAACAUUUUUCUGUUUAGCGAUCAAACUCAGUAUUAAAUAUUUGUUAAAAAUAAAAAUUAAGUACAAUUAAAAAUUAAUGUUGAAAUUAUUCUAUUAUCUAAA